AUGUCGGGCUACCAAGCAUAUCCUGGCGCCUUGGGCUCGGGCUACGGCGCUCCCCCGCCUCCACCGCAACAACCUUUUGCCAACUCGCCCUUCCAGUCGCAACCUCCCACCCAAGGACACCAGAACACUGGUGGUUAUUCUUCCNNCCCUGCUCCCUAUGGUCAACCUCAGCCGCCUCCCUACCCGCCUCAGCAAUAUUCUCAAUCAUCUCAGCAACCAUACGGCCAGCCUCCCUCUCAAGGCUACAACAGACCUCCUCCUCCACCUCCUCCAGGACAGCAGCCGCAGUAUGGUCAAAGCCAAUACGGUCAGAGUCAAGGAUACCCUCCACAAUCUCCUGCGCCUUUUGGUCAGAGUCAAUCUGCACCCUAUGGACAAAGCCAGCCUCCUUACGGCUCGGCUACGCAACCUCCUAUGGUCAAUCUCAAUCCCAGUAUGGACAGAAUCAACCACCAUACGGAUCACAGCAACAGCAAUAUGGUGGCGGGCCUCCCGGAUAUGUUCGGCCAGCCUCCUCAGCAGCAACAAGGUAGUUACGGCGCACCUUCCCAACAGCAAGGCAAUUAUGGUGCACCUCCUCAGCAACAGGGCGGUUACCCUCCUCAGCCUCAGCAAGGUGGCUACCCUGGACAGCAGCCCGGAGGUCCUCAGGGCGGUUAUGGUGCCGCUCCUUCGCAGCCCGCCGGCCCUGCUGAGAUUCAGGCAUACAAGCAGUCGCUCCAGCAAACAGUUCAAGAGAAGGGUCUCCAGGCUUUCUAUCCUCCUGGCUCGCCCAUGCUCGACCAGAUUGCCAACAAGGCAUCGAUGCAAGUCGACCGCCUGUGCCAGCAGUGGCGCAUCAACAAAGAGAUCGGUAACGACAUUGUCAAGUUGGCCUUGUACGAUGUUGUCAUCUACAUUGACGACAGUGGUUCAAUGAAGUUUGAGGAGAACGGCGAGCGCAUCAAGGAUCUCCAGCUUAUUCUCGAGCGUGUCGCAACCGCUGCUACUCUCUUCGACGACGACGGCAUUUCUGUCCGCUUCAUGAACGAUAACCCUCCCCAGCACAUGGUCGAGCACAUUAAGACUGAGCAACAGAUCUCUCAGCUCGUUGCCGGCCACAAAUUCAGCGGUCUUACUCCUAUGGGAACUGAGCUCCGCAAGAAGGUUAUCGAUGGUAUUGCAGUUCCCGCCAUCCGCAGCAGACAGAUGCGCAAGCCCAUUUUGGUUAUCACCAUCACGGACGGUCAGCCUGCAGGAGAGCCUACUACUGCCGUUUUUGAUACUGUCCGUUAUGCCGUCCAAGAAGCCAGCAACUCGCAGUACGGUCGUGGAGCUCUUGCCUUCCAAUUCGCCCAGGUUGGAAAUGACGAGAAGGCUCGUGAGUUCCUUGGCAAGCUCGAUGACGACCCUACCGUUGGACAGUUGGUCGACUGUACUUCCAGUAUGUGUUCAUUUGUAUUCACCCGUGAGUAUUUGCUAAUGAUGUUUNNAGACUUCGAGAACGAAUCUGCCGAGAUGGCACGCGCUAACCCCCCUGUCGAUCUCACUCCCGAUCUUUGGGUAAGCAUGACCAACUUGAGGAAGAUGAGGGCUGUGACUGACUUCUCCGCUACANNGAUUCUCAAGCUGAUCCUUGGUGCAAUUGAUCCCUCGUACGACACCAAGGACGAAAAGUCAAACCGCCCCCAGGGUGGACCUCCCGGAUACGGCGCUCCUCCUCAGCAAGGCGGCUAUGGUGCUCCUCCUCAGCAACAGGGCGGCUACCCUCCUCAGCAGGGUGGCUAUGGCCAGCAGCAAGGCGGUUACGGUCAACAGCAAGGUUAUCCUCCUCAGCAGCAGCAAGGCGGAUACGGAGCUCCUCCUCAGCAGCAGGGUGGCUACCCUCCUCAACAAGGCGGCUACGGCCAGCAACAAGGCUAUGGAGCCCCUCCCCGCCUCCUCGCUACUAAACGAACAUUCAUGGGGCCAAAAAUCGUAAUAGGACAUUGA